GCAGAAGUGGGCGGGGCCAGUGUUGUGUGAGGCGGAGCCGGUCUGCUCAGCACGGUUUCGGAUACAUACAGCGGACGUCAGGCACGGAGCAGCGGGUGUCAUCCAGGUCUCAAUAUGUUACCUGUGCCGUAUAUAUUUAGAAGAACCUGGGCAAUUUUCCUGAUUUUCCAUUCACAACUGAUCUGUAUUAGGGGAGAUUGUGGGCCGCCUCCAGUUAUCGAGCACACACAGCCAGUUGCAGAGACAUCCGGAGUCCCAGGUGCCACUGUUGCUUAUAAGUGUGACCGUAGCACUGGGUAUUACGAGAUUCCUAAUGAGACUAGAACCAUUACCUGUCAAGAUGAUGGCAUGUGGUCAUCAGUGUCUACGUUCUGUACAAGAGCCUGUGGUGUUCCUAACAGACUCCAGUAUGCAGUGCCAAGGGACAGCGAUCUUGAGAAAGAUAUCUUUUCUCCUGGUACAAUCGUGAGAUAUGAUUGUAGAGAUGGUUAUAGGCGUGUUGCUCAGACAAUCAAUUCUGUUACCUGCCUUGAUAACUAUACAUGGUCUGAGCCAAGUGUAUUCUGCGAGCGCAGAUCAUGUGGGAAUCCUGGAGAUAUAGAAAAUGGAGACUUCGAGGCAACAGAUGGGUUUUUGUUCGGUUCCAGAGUGACAUAUAAAUGUUAUGCAGGUUAUCAAACGUUAAGCAGAAGAAAUUAUCGAGAUUGCCAAGCAGAUGGAACAUGGAGCAAUGUUCUCCCUGCAUGUGAAGCUGCUAUCUGCGCACCACCAGAGAGCCCAGUUGAUGGAACGUAUAACCCCAUGAAGGACGAAUACACUUACUUAGAUGCGGUGACUUUUACAUGCAAUAAAGGUUUACAUAUCGAUGGUGAAUCUACUGCAUCAUGCACUAGUGAUGGAACAUGGAGUACCGCCCCACCAAAUUGCAAAGCUGUUAACUGUCAAGAUCCAGGGCAAGUGGAACAUGCAACGAGGAUGUUUGGGUUCGUUGGCCCGUACACAUUAAAUUCUAAUGUGGGAUACGAGUGUAAAAGUAGCUUUGUCCUCAAUGGCUCCAGUUCAAUCAUCUGCAAUAUCAACAGUCAGUGGGAACCUGGAAUCCCAAAAUGCCUGAUUCCUUGCAAAGUUCCAAGUGUUGCAAAUUCCAGGCCGAUUGUGGGCUUGAAAAGUGUGUAUCUACAGGAUGAUGCUGUGAGGUUCGAGUGUGAGGCAGGCUUUGUUUUGAAUGGUUCACCUUUAAUCACCUGCAGCAGUCGAGGUCAGUGGGAGCCUUCUCCACCGAAAUGCGACGCUACAUGCAAAUUUCCAGAAGUUGCCAAUGCACAGCCUAAGAUGGGCUUGAAGGAGUUUUAUGUUCAGCAUGAUGUUUUAGUUAUUAAAUGUAAGGAAGACUUUUUCUUAAUUGGCUCAGACACUAUCAGAUGUAGCAGUCAAGGUCAGUGGGAGCCUCCUCCACCAGCAUGUAGUAAAAAAGCUACAUGCAAAUUUCCAGAAGUUGACAAUGCACAGCCUAUGGUGGACUUGAAGGAGUUUUAUGUUCAGCAUGACGUUUUAGUUAUUAAAUGUAAGGAAGACUUUGUCUUAAUUGGCUCAGACACUAUCAGAUGUAGCAGUCAAGAUCAGUGGGAGCCUCAUCCACCAGCAUGUAGGAAAAAAGAAGAUGAAUCCGGUGGUGGUCUCAGCAAAGGAGUUAUUGCAGUAAUUGUUAUAGCCUGUCUGGUUGUGGUGGCGGUUGUGAUCCUAGUGUGUUAUUACUGUUCAAAGCAAAAGUCAGGUGAAUAUGAUUGUGAAAACAAAAACGACAAGAUCGAGCAGGAGCUCAUUAAUUCAAAUAAUACUGAAAGGAAGCCCAAGUCUGAUACUCCUGAUGUGCAUUACUCAGCUUGCAACGAUGCAUAAAUACAUCCAAGUACAGAGAAGAUCUUUAUGCCGAUGUUUGGCUUUCUGAGCACUGGAUCUUUUGCAAAGCUUUAUCAUGACUGAAACUCUGGAGAGUGGGCCAAACCAUACUUGUCAAGAAUGUUACUUCUUGAGGUGGCUUCAAGCAGCCUCAUCAUUUGAUCAAUCGAUGUGCCUCAUGUGUGCCUAAUAUACUCUUUCCCUAAUCUCUGCCUAAGAUUAAGUUAAUAGUACAGAGAAUUAUAUAAAUGAUGCAACCAGGAGAAUUGCUUAAAAGUAAUUGAAAUAUUUAUAAUAAUAAUUGUAGUGCAUAAUCUACCCUGAGAUACUAAGGGAAGUUUAACCCUUGCAUACGACCAUCUGAAAGGAGUUCUCAUUUUACUUUUCU